UACAUUGGAGUGGCUAUCUUCUCCAGUGUAUUCCUGUUCAUAAUAACGGGUCCAACCCUUGUAUUCAACGGGAUGACAUUGUUUGCGAUCCAUAGAGAUCCUCUGAAAUGCUUCAGGAAUCCACUAACGAUGUUUAUGACUGGAGUCUUAGUUGCAGACUUCAUUUCUGGGCUGAUUGUGUACCCGUUUUUUGGCGCUGUUUAUAUUCACGAAUUGCGCGUGGCWGGCGUGGGACAAAGCGACGCUACCAACGAGGUCUACCAUAUUGCUGUUGAAGUUCUCACGGCGACUGUUAUUAUAUCGUUCCUGACUCUAUUAGGGUUGGCUAUUUCGCAGUUGAUCGCCGUGAMUUCGCCAUURCGGUAUGAUCGAUGGGUUACUGUGCGUGGAGUCAAGACGGGUUUGAUCUGYAUAUGGGUUUACGCAGCCGUGUUCACUACCAUACCUCAUUUCUUCGCAGACCAAAAAUGGAUUGRUUAUUUCUUCUUGUUUUUCCUGAUUUUCCACUGCACGGUCGUUACGGUUGCGUUAGUCAUCUUGUAUAUCGUUACGUAUCUGGUAUUCGCCGCUCGUGCUGCCAGGCAACUUGAUGAAGAAGAAAACAAGCAGGUGAGCAAAGAGUUCUUCAAAGGAACUUGUAUCCUGGCUCUGRUGCAGAUUCUCUUAAUGUGGCCUGUGGGUAUAAUACUUUACAUCGAGACAUUCCUUCAAGCAGCUGACGUCGAAACAGAAGUACGAGUAGAAGUAGCUCGUCUUAUUUCCGACAACCUCCUUUUUACAAAGUUCCUCCUYGAUCCCAUCAUCCUUGUGUGGCGCGUUCCUAAAUACCGCAAAGCCAUGAAACUGGUUUUCCCGAGAUGCUUUGGUGCUGGUCAAGACUCUGGAACUCAAAGUAGAGUUUCGUACAGUCGAAGUAACGUGAAAGUGUCCAAAGAGGAUCACGAGAACUCGAUGGAAGAUGUUGAUGUAGAAGUAAUGUGAUAGUUACAUCUGGACAUGACACGUGUGUAAACCACACCCAUUGCAUGAGGGACAUGGGAUACUCCCAAAACUUUACUAACCUAAAUGGCGGAUGCGAUAGCCCCUUGUCUACUGCUUAAGGUGGGCUGCAUAAUAAUUUGUGUUGCAUGUAUUGGAAAGCUAUGUGAAGGCCCUAUGUGCCAUAAGGCACGAGAAGACUUGGUAACGGCACUUCUUACGUUGAAUAAUUAUUUCACUAGUGAAUAUCAGUUUUAGAMAACCAGGUGUGUUAAUAAUAUGAUUUUCCAUAGGAGUUCUAAAGURCUAGCGUCAUCAUAUGUAACGUAAUAAUUCACAAAGCUAUUUCGAAAGUGACAAUUUGGUAAUUUAAAAAAAAAAUAGUUAGUAUACCUAAGUAUAAAUACACAAAUCAAUUAUUGCCUGGCAACAUAGAUGAAGCCAAAAGUUGAUCGGCAUCAUCUGAUGGAUUCUAACUACCUUCAUCUAUCUUUAUCGGGUUCAACGUAAAGAAAUACAAGUAAACGUAUAUAUGGGGAUAGGUUAAAGUUAUUAUAACGUUUAAUAAAAGUAAGAGUCAUGUUCAAAAAAAAGUACAAAUGUCAGGCUCCAUCUCAAUUCCUUAAAAAAAAACAAAUCAAUUUUUCUGUCAAAAAUUCUGUUGUUAGUGAAAGCCAAUUAGAAUUUGGUAUACUGUU